AUGGCAAACGAUAUACGAAUCCAGUAUGCUCCCCUCCUCGCUCUGCCCAGAAAUCAGCGUUUGCCAUCAAUAACAGCAACAGUCUGCUCUCUACCACAGACACGCACUCGCGUAGAAGUACUCGCAUUCCUCUAUCUCCAACUACGGGCACACGCGAGAGAGGGAAGCGGGAGAGACGCAAGUGCAGUCCAAGCGUUGUUCUUGAGAGAAUGUAGUGCUUUCUUGGCGCAGAACGAGGCUGCUGUCUCCCACAUUCAGUUCGAGGCUGAGGAUACCCACUUGCUCACUCCGACAAUCGUCUCCAUGUCAGCCGCGCUCCUCCAACUUCAGGCACACAACCUCUCUCUUCUCCCAUCCCUGCCUUCCCACCUCCUGCUCGCCAUCUCCCACUCGCUCAACGACCCCUCCGCUCUCCCCCUAUUCACCCGCCUACUAGCCACCAUCCCCCUCUCCCCCUCCCACGCAGCCCCCCUCCUCCUUCUGCUAUCCUACAUCUCCUCCCUCCCCUCCUCCCCCCUUCUCCUGCUAACCAGCACUUCCCUCUCCCUCUCCCUCCUCACAUCCCUCCUCACCCACCCGCACGCCAACAGCCCAGCCCUCACCAGCCAAAUACUGCAACAUCUUUCCCAUUUCGCACGUGUCAUAUGGGAGGAAUAUGCCGGUGUGGCAGGAGGGUUCCCCCAGCUCCUGAGAGUGUUUUAUGGUUGUGCGGACGUACUCAGCACCUCUCCCCCGGAGGCAGAAAGCUGUCUGCGAGCGCUCAUCGCUCAACUAAAGCAAGCACCGACGCCCUCAAACGCGAGCCAAGAAGCAUACCUGUUCACCCUAGCGGAGACCCUUCUCCCAAUCCUAUCCCCGUCCCUCGUAUACACAAAUCUAUUACCGCUGUGUAUCCCAGCACUGGACAACCCCGCGGAAAAAGGGGCGUUCGAGGCUUCCCAUUCCCUUUUCCUAGUAAUACUCGCCAUGCCCAAAAAAGGACAAGCCCAAAUGGAAAGCACCCUAAAUGUGCAAGAGACAGUGCCCUACUAUAUCAGCUGUUUGCUCAAACAUCUGGCUGAAACCCACUUGUCUCCUGUGCAGUUCAGACUGGCAUAUACCUCCCUUGUUCAGACAUGCGCCUCCCUCCCUCCUUCCCUCCCCUCUCCUUCGGUCUCCUCGCUCUCGAAUGAAGGACCAACCACAACCCCCGAAGGGAAAGCCCUAGCGUGGUUCUGCGUUCAACAGCUGCUUUCUGCCCUCCGGGACCUGACCUUCCUCCCCAAACGGGAGUUGGACUACGAGUACGAGAACGAGAAGGUCUCGGCGCUGAGGGAGACACUCGUCGCACUCGUACCUGUCGUACCCCCCUCCCUGCUCCCGCACACUCUGGAGGGAGUGGAAGUGUACGUCCUCCGACCGCUUCGACACCCGACGCACCCUACGCACGCCGAGCAAGAGCAGCAAGAGCAAGAACAAAAACAAGAACGCUCCCCCUCAGACCGACAGGUUCUCAAAACCCUGUUCGCCGUUAUCCGGGCCGUGGGGGAAGAGAGCAGGGGGGAGGCGCUCGGUUGGUUUCUAGGGGUUGUACAACGGUUGGGCUUGGGCGAGGAGAAGGAGGAGGUGAGAGCGAGGAUGUAG